AUGGGAGACAGUACCAUUAUCGAUCGUGAUGCGCUCACCGAAUCACAGAAGUGGUCGUAUAUUACGGACAAUACGUUGAAAAUGAUGAGCUUUGGAUUUCUAUGCGGCGGCGCCAUUUCGAUGGUUGUAUUUCGUUCGGUAGCGUCUCGUGCAGCCGUCACCGCAUUCGGUACAGGAUGUGGUAUUGGAAAGUCGUACGUCGAUACAAAGUACAUUUUAGGUCAUGAUGUUGGUGCUGAAACAGUUUGGUCUGCGCAAGUAGCACCACUAAAGAGUAGUACGUGA